UGCUCUUGCCCUACGCGUUGUCCCUGUUUCUCUUUUAUUUCCAAAAUCGUUGUGAUUGGCGUAGGAGAAGGAGUGUAAUAACUCUGCUCAGAGCCAUAUAUUGAAUGAAUGAAUGAAUGAAUGAAUGAUAUUCCGAAAGCGUCUUUAUCGGGAAAAGGCAGUCUUUGUGUAAAGUGAAGUGAGUAUAGAUGCAUACAAGUCCUGAAGUAUUCCCAUGUAAGCAUAAAAUUCAAAAACUUCACAUAGGAGCCGUUGAAAUUUGUAGACAUCAAAAGGAUAAUCGGUUCUCUGACAAGUCAAAAAAAAAUAUCAAUACACCUCAUCCGACAAGCAUCGUUUAUUCUCAAAGAAGUUUGCUCCAUUUUGGAGAACCUAACCUCGCACUAGUGGGCUCCCGUUGAAAGUGAAAUCUUCGCAGACACAACGACAUGUGCUAGACACAGCUUACAAGGCUAUACCAAUCAACAUGCUCUCUCGGAUCACGAGGAGCAUGCUCGGGUCGAACGUCGGCAUGUUGCUGAAGAAACCACCUCACGGGCUCGAAGGUACGUCGAUGUCGGCGCGAACGGUCAAUGCUAUCCACACAAGCGAGUGCCGGCGGAAUGAUAAUGACAAGGAUAAGGACAAGAAAAAAAAAAAGUCUAAGUCAUCUGCACUGAUACUGCAUUCUUUUGAAAGCGUGGAGCACAAGGAAAAGGAAGCUUUUCUGGAUGUCCUGCGGGAGUAUAAAAAAGAAAACGAGAUAAGGCGCGGUCAUGUGGAAUUCAUCCAGGUUGCACUCAAAUAUAUGGAUGAGUUUGGGGUGAAUCGCGACCUAGCUGUAUACAAGGCUCUUUUGGAUGUGUUGCCCAAGGGCAAGUUUGUCCCAAUCAACUAUCUGCAGACAUUAUUCAUGCAUUACCCCAAGCAACAAUAUGUAGGCAUUGACCUGCUCUGCAAGAUGGAGGAUAACUCUGUCAUACCAGAUGUAGAGAUGCAGCAGAUGUUGUUGAACAUCUACGGUGUUCAAAGUAUAGUGCUGAAGAAAUUCUGGCGGAUGAUGUACUGGAUGCCAAAAUUCUCCAAUCUAAAUCCAUGGCCAUGUUCACGACCAGCUCCCAAAGAUCCGCGAGUGCUCGCUAGAAUAGCAGUCAACAAGUUAUCCAGUAUAGACGUCACUAGCAUAGUCACAGAGUACAGGACAAAGGAUGUGGAAGACUCUACUGAGGAUACGUGGAUUUUGUCCAGCAUGAGCAACAUACAGCGGGAAUUACUGCAGAAGCAGCCCAUUAGCAACCCAAUCUAUGUGGAGGGCCCAUAUUCAGUGUGGGUGGCGGAUCAAUGUAUAGAUUACUUUGUGCUGCGGGGUGAAUCUAGAGUGAAAGAUGUUUACAGGGAUCUCGAUGACGUCACAGACAUCAGGAUACCAUUCUGGGACAAACGAGAAGUAAUCCGGCCUUUUAGCGUUCACGAACAACAAGACGGUACAUAUUUUGCGAUGUGUGCCACCGGUACGUCGAGUAAGAACUCCUUGUUGUCUUGGAUCCGAUGUUUGCAGAAACAGAAUCCAAUCUUGAACAUGAUCCCGGUGAUGUUUAAGUUAUCAUCCUCCAUUAAGGAUCAACUGUACAUUGAAAAUACCGUACGUGAGAACGAAAUCUUACAGUCGUACAAAGAGUGAUUGUGAAGGUACAGAAUCGUUAGCUUUUUCUUAAAAGAUUCGUUCGGAAUGUGUAAUAUAACUGGUAUGUAAUAGUUCGACGCGUGUGCGUACGUUGUAGAUAGACAAAUCUCCGUUGUACAUACAAAUAUAAAUACGUUUUUACGACUGAUGUCGCAAUUCGAUCACUGGAGAUCCAUUCGUUGACGAUCUUAUAUAAUCCCAAUCGCGAUUGUUUUUGCUAUCUCUCUUUGAUGCGUUGCAUGAUGGUGAAAGGAGGAUUGCCUCGGGAUAGUGAAGGAAACACACGGGGUGCAUAGAAAGUUAAUGUAAUUUAUUACGUGUGACACCACACGCGUGUCACUUGGUGCAUCUUCCUCAGACGAUAAGAAUUAAAACGGUAACACACA